UGUGAUGAUAAUGGAUUUCAGCAGAAUCAGGCAGCCAUUCACAACAUCACAGCGGCAGGAGCUUGAGCUCCAAGCUCUCAUCUUCAACUACAUGGCCUCGGGCAUUCCCAUCCCUUCACAUCUCAUUCUUCCGUUUCGUCGAAACUUCUCCCUCCAACCCAUUUCUCUUCACCAUUCCAGUAAGGUCUCAUCACCUCCAAGUCUGAAAAAAGUGAGUUAUGGGAGGAGGGUAGAGGAAGACCCGGAACCGUGGAGGUGCAAGAGAACAGACGGCAAGAAGUGGAGGUGCUCGAGGGAGGCCUCCGGUGACUCCAAGUACUGCGAGAGGCACAAGCACAGAGGCAAGAAGUGCUUCACUAAGAAUCCUGCAAUGCCUCUGUUUACAAGCAGCUCGGCUUGCAGUUCCUGUUCAAGCUUUACGCCGCGGCCUUUGGCUUUGUCUUCACGGCCAGCUGAAGAGGAGGUGAAAGAGGAGGGGGAGGAGCAUUGCUUCGUGUUUGGAGCUGAUCUCAGGAGCAAAGAGGCAAAGAGAAGUCCGAAGGUUCAACUUAGCUUGUUCGGUGACGAGAGGGGGGAUUGUGCCAGUACUGAGCUCUCGAUUUCGAUCUGCAGGAGUUGAGCGUGUGAUUUCUUUGUUG